UCACCUACGUCAUCAUCUUAAACCAAAACGAGGCUGUGUUGUAGGCUAACUGUCAUAACGUUACCAACAAUGCCGCCGCAUUGUUGUGUUCCCAAAUGUACUUCUUCCAAAAGAAAGAAAUCCUAUACAGGUCAAACGUUCCAUCGUUUCCCCAAAGAUCAUGUACUUUGCCGUGAAUGGAUUCACAAAAUAAGAAGAGAUCCAGGUCGCCACUUCAAGAUCCACGGGGACACAAAAGUAUGUUCAGAUCACUUCAAAGAAGAGUCUUUUUUGAAGACCCUGGUUGGCAUGCGAAAGUUGAAGAAGGGUGCUGUUCCAACAUUGUUUGCCUGGACUGAUAGCACCGUGAGGCCUGCAAGGAGGUCUAUCGUCAGAGGAACUACAAGUAAUGCAACCACUGCAGUUGUUGAAGAGGAUGUCCAGCAGGGUGAUGUAAAUUCCAAUGAGUUAAGUACAGAGACGGCCCCUCCACACCCCGAUCAUGAUUAUGCUGAACUGCCCCCGCCACUGGAGGAGCAACUUAAGGAAGCCCACAAGAUGAUCAACGAUCAAGCAGAAUUAAUUGCACGUCUUCAAACCAAGCGGUUUCUCCUUUCAAGAUUCCAAGGCGAUGAUAAGAACAUCAUGUUUUUCACAGGCUUUCCUGAUUACAACACACUGAAAGCAGUGUUUAUGGCCCUACAGCCUACUGCAGAAAACAUGGUAGGGUGGAGUCAGGCACAGCGAAUAAGGCAAGCUGACGGGGAAAUUGUAAGGCAGGGGUUUAGCAUUCCUAAACUGGCCGUCAUUGACCAGUUUUUUCUAUUUCUUUGUCGUCUUAGGCAAGGUUUUCCUGAACAGGACCUUGCAGUGCGCUUUGAUGUGUCACAGUCAACUGUAAGCAGGAUCUGUGUAACCUGGGCAAACUAUCUACAAUUCAUGUUAGGAUCACUUCCAAUUUGGCCUUCGAGAGAAACUGUAAACGAGCUCAUGCCUCCUUGUUUCCAAAGCACUUUCCCACUUACAAGAGUUAUAUUAGAUUGUACAGAAAUACACGUGCAGAGGCCUAGUUCAAAAGUUCUCAACUCUGAAAUCUACUCCCACUACAAAGGUAACACCACUUUUAAGGGCCUAGUUGGCAUCUCUCCCUCAGGUUUAGUCACAUUUGUCAGUGACCUGUAUACAGGUUCGAUAUCUGACAAGGAGAUCACAAGAGAAUCAGGGAUCCUGUGUCUACUUGAGGAAGGCGAUGAGGUCAUGGCGGAUAAAGGAUUUCUCAUCAAGGACCUUCUCACUGAAAUCAAUGUCUCCCUUGUGAUCCCGCCCUUUUUAGGCCCAAGUGGACAUUUCAGCCAGGAAGAGGUGAGACAGACACAAGCCAUAGCCAGACUUCGCAUUCAUGUUGAGCGUGCCAUUAGGAGGAUCAAAGAGUAUCACAUAUUCGAUACGGUCUUACCAAUGACACUAGUGGGCUCUGUCAAUCAACUGUGGACUGUUUGUGCCCUCUUGAGUAACUUCCAAGGGCCUCUGUUCUAAAGAGUGCCAGUGCACCCUUGAAAUUGUCUUUUAUGGACUGGUUUGAAAUUAUCCUGUCCACACCAUGGAGCACACUGAAUUACACUGACAGGUUGUUUUACAGUCAAGUUUUUUAUUUUUAACAGUGUUUAUUUUUUAUGUAAUUUUUCAUUUUUUC